AUGAAAAGGCAUGAUGUCAAAACAGUUAAAGAUGUACAAGGUUCUGUGCCAUUGAAAGCAGGGCAAAAGGUCUCAAAAAGAGCUUUAAGGAAUGACGUUUCUCCGAUGAUUCACCAACCGGAAACGUCGAAUUCAGAUUCGUUACCAGACUCAUCCGCUUCUGGAAACGAGUACCGGGCACUGAGGCGGAAAUACCUGCUGCUGGAGGAAGAGAGCUUCACGCUGGGGAGAGAUUUGAGAGAGGUUGAAGAUGAGGUGAAGAGCCUUGAAUAUGAGAAGCAUGCACUCUUGGACAAGCUUCUUGUGUUAGAAGGCCGGCCUGAUUGA